AUGUUAAAUCUGCCAUUUGAGCUAGUGGAUGAGAUAUUCUCGCAGCUGUCGUUUAAAGACAGGCAGAGCCUCACGCUGGUGAAGGAGUUAUCAAGUGCGAGUAGCUGCAGGGUGUUGCAAACGAUAACCGUCACCGACUUCGAUAAGGAGGGAAUAACGAUACUUAAUUCACCUAGAGUGGUAAAUCAUAUACGAAAUUUGACUGUUAACUGUGAAUAUUCAUUGAAGCUGCCUAAACAGUUUGCAAAAAUGAAGCAGCUCCAGACGCUUCAACUAGAUUUGCGCUUUAUAAGCCAGCAAAUGGAGCUGUUUAGUAGGGGAGGGAGUAGGAAGCCGUUUGGAGAUCUCUCUCUGACGACAUUCCUACCCGCAUCAAAUACAGUGACGGAGCUGACUUUGCGGCUGCACUCUACGAGUGACAUUGAACACAACAGGAUAGUUCUGGAUGAACUUAUCCUCAGAUACCCCAGCCUGGAGACGCUGGCUGUUGUGUUCGACAGAAUGUCUAGUGCCGAUAUUGAGCCAGUUGUAUCAAAGUUGACUUCGUUACCGCUCUCAGUUGUCGUCGUCAAGUGCCAGACUGGGAAUUGCUUUGAUAGGCUGGAUGUGCUCUGCGCAGAUAGAAGCAACGGCUUGAAAAGGGUGGCUGAUCGGAAGGAGCGUGUCAGAAUAGCUUCAAGUCUAUAUCACUUUGAACAAAUUGCAAAUAAGUUUGGAUACUAA